AUGUCGCAUUUGGUCCCAAAUCCAUCGGUCCGUCCCGUGACCCCCGCGGAAGGCGAACUUUUCAAGAAAUUCAACCCGGAGCUACAGAAGCGCAACCUCGAGCUACGUGACAAGCGACAGCAGGACUACCAAGAAUUCCUCGACCAGUUGAAGGAGUAUAGCAAAUCCGACAAGCCCAUCUGGGUGGCAGCGGCCGAGGCACAGGCAAAGGCGAGAGAGGAACUCACAAAGAAGAAGGAGGAAGAGCAGUCGAUACGGCAGAAAAUAAAAGAGGAAUUGAGGGCCGAGGUACAGAAGGGGUAG